AUGUGGCUUCCUGAACUACUGGUCUAUUCCUCCCCAUCUCCUGGAAACCAAGAGGUCGUUCAGUGUCACAACAGAGGCUGGGAUGGAUACGACGUGCAGUGGGAGUGCAAAGCAGACUUGGAAAAUACCCAGCGUUUUGGACAAAUUGAAGUGAACUGUGAAGGCUACGAUUAUCCAGAUGAUCCUUACAUCUUAAAAGGCUCCUGUGGUUUGCUGUUCAGGCUAGACCUGACUGAGGAAGGUGAAAGGAGGGUGAAGAAUUCUGGAAGCUUUGGCUCUGGCUAUUAUCAGUCAAGGAAGGAGUCUUCUGAUUCUGGUGCUGGAGCGAUUGUUGUAAUUGUUCUUCUGGUUCUUGCUUUUGGAGUAUACAAGCUCUUCCUCAGUAACGAGCAGCCUCAGCAGAGUUUUGGUGACAGAGAUGGAUUCACUGGGUCUUCCUGGCAGAGUCAGCAGGCACCACCUCCUCCUGGUUUUAAGUCCAGCUUCACAGAAGGCAACAGCUUUGAUACCCAUUCCCAUUAUGGAACCAAUUCAGGACCAGGAUUUUGGACUGGAUUAGGAGCAGGAGGCUUGCUAGGCUACUUGGCUGGCAGUCACAGAGCACAGCCACGUUCCCCGUAUUACGGUAUGUGGACAGAUCCCACAGCUGCACCUCCGAUGAAUGGGCAGUCAAGCAAUUCCACACAAGGUAGCAGUUCAGGAACAAGAACUGCUUCUGGCUUUGGGGGCACAAAACGAAGAUGA